AUGGACAUCACUCGUAGUCACACCGGCUGUUGGACCUGUCGGUCUCGCCGUGUCAAAUGUGAUGAAAGUCGUCCGGUAUGCUCGCGAUGCUCUCGAAGCGGCCUCACCUGUGGCUACGAUAUCCGUCUUACAUGGCAGGACGAUAAUGAUGCUCGUGGAGUCUGCCAUGGACGAGCCGGCGUCUGGUCGAAAUCAGGGAAGCAAAGAGGACAAACAAAGCAGCGAAAGGCAAAGAGCCCGGGAGUCGUUGGCCCGCCUUUCCCUCGACUGGCGCAUACAAGAUUCUUAAACACCACUGUCGCAGAUGUCCAGAGGUAUCUGGGUGACGAUGAGCAAGAACAGAGCGACGAAGGUGAUUGUCGGUUGGAUCACCAGGAAGAGAUCCUCCCAGAUCUGGGGUUUCCUCAGCACACUCUUGCUCAUCUGACUCGUCCCUCCAAAUAUGCCAGUUAUGAUCCCAUCCUGCUAUCGUACUACGAAGCCGUCAUCUGCAGUACGUCGACAUUGCUGGACGACGAGAAACACAACCCGUACCGGCAUGUGCUUCUGCCCAUGGCUUUACAGUCUCCGGGAGUAUACCAUACAACAUUGGCCAUAUCAGCAAACACGCUUCGCCUGGCUCGAUCCGAGUAUACGGUGAUAGCCCUGGAACACCGACAGCAGGCCUUGAGAAGACUGGUAACCAUCUUGAAUCGCAAGGAGUGUGAUGAUAGCGAGAUGGAUGAGAUUCUUGGAAUGGUAUUGAUGCUAUGCUGGUUCGAGAUCUCAGAUGGCUGUAACCCUUCGUGGGUCACCCAUCUGAAAGGCUUCCGCGGUCUCCUCCACCGUCACCGCCGAAAGCUCGCGAAUGUCUCGCCGCAUAGUUGGAACAUGCAACAAUUCUUUGUGAGAUAUUUUGAUUUUCACCUGGUCCUUGCCAAAACCACCUUUCGGGUUGAUGAGGGGGAUUCGAAUGCAGACCUAUCCCACCCCAUAGUAGGCAAUACUGGCUCGGAAUCGACCAGUUCCCGGUCAGAACUGUACCAUGGGCCAGACCACACGAGACAAGACCACGACGACGCACCCAACUUCUCUUCAUCAACGUCCUCCCUGUCCUUACACAUGCCUCUAGACUCUAUGGAUGAUAUUGAUCCUUACAUGGGCUUCAGCAACGGUCUUCUGCUCUUGAUCAACGAAAUAACGGACAUCGGUCCCAUGGCUAGCAGAACUGGCGAUCAAGCAAGAGCCACCAUCCACGCUCGUCGCCUCAAGACCAGUCUGGCGAACCUCCAUCAACGUCUACCCGAGUCAGCCGUCAGUUCGGACAUGGUGACACGCAGACGUGCCUUUGUCGCCACAGCGGAAGCCUACCGUCUGGGUGCUAUCAUACUGCUUCACGAGGUCUUGUCCAGAUCAUACCCUGCAGUAUCCGCACCAUGUCAUGUCAUAACCAAACCCGAGCUGGACGAUGCCAUCCAAUCGAUCCUCCAACUGAUUGACACGCGGCUCGAAGACAUGAUCGACACCGCGGCACUGCCGUUGUGGCCGUUGUUUUUGGCCGGCUGCUGUGUCGAUCUGGAGGAAGAUAGAAUGACGGCGUUGAGGUUGUUCGAGGUCAUUGAGCAGCGCAAACGGUUCGGCAAUAUCACCCCGGCGCGCAAAGUCAUGGAAAUGGUCUGGCGACAGCGUGACCUGGGCCGUGACGACCGACAGCAGCCCGCUCGCAACAGAAAGGGAGGCCGGGGUACCGUGGAACAAUAUGAAUGGGAACGAGCUUCAACUCUUUUGGGGGGUUGGAAGAUCAGUCUUACAUGA